GCGGCGGCACGACUCGCUUGGCUCGCUUGCCGCCACCAUAAACUAUUGGCUACGUGCACGAGUUAUCUUCACGACGAUGCAUUUCUUCGCAAAAACGUAGCGAUACCAAACAGUUUGACGCACCGUAGCCUUUGUAGUGUAUAUUUAGGCAUAUAAACCUUAAGGUGGCCUUUUAACUAGCGCCUGAUCUUAUGGAGUUCGAGGACUAUGAAUGUCUACCGACGACCAAUGUGGUUACCCACAUGCUUGCGGGUGCCGCGGCUGGAAUCAUGGAACAUUGUGUUAUGUAUCCUUUGGAUUCUGUCAAGACUAGAAUGCAAAGCCUGCGGCCCAGUCCCGGUGGCAGGUACACUUCAAUCCCUGAUGCUUUCUACAAGAUGGUGCGGCACGAAGGCGCACUCCGGCCCGUCCGGGGCAUGAGCGCAGUGGUCGUCGGUGCCGGGCCAGCCCAUGCUCUGUACUUCUCCUGUUAUGAAAAGCUCAAGCGAACCAUCAGUGGCACGGAACAUGGAACGAACAGCCCAAUUUCUCAAGGUCUUGCAGGGUGCUUGGCCACAGUUAUGCAUGACAGCAUAAUGAACCCAGCCGAAGUGGUGAAGCAGCGAAUGCAGAUGUACAACAGCCAAUUCAAGCGGUGCACAGAGUGCUUUUUGCACGUAUGGCAGCAUGAGGGAGCACGUGCCUUCUACCGGAGUUACACAACACAGCUGUCCAUGAACAUUCCCUUCCAGUGUGUCCACUUUGUCACCUAUGAGUUCAUGCAGGUGGUAACCAACAAACGACGUGCCUACGACCCAAUGGCACACAUGGUGUCUGGUGGUGUGGCUGGUGCAUUUGCUGCAGCUGUCACCACACCGCUGGAUGUGUGCAAGACGUUGCUAAACACACAAGAGACCUCUCUACUAAAAACCACCCAUCAGUCUCAGAUCAGCGGCCUCAUUAAUGCAGCAACCACCAUCUACAGCUGUUGUGGCAUCAAGGGUUACUUUCGGGGAAUGCACGCCCGAGUGUUGUUCCAGAUGCCUGGUACAGCAAUUUCCUGGUCUGUCUACGAAUUUUUCAAAGCCAACCUGAACAGGCGCAAUCCAAGAGAAAGUGAAUUUGGCUCUGCAACCAGUAUAGACACUGCUGUUGCUAGUGUGUCCAUAGGUCGUUCUGGCACCAUCUAGGAAACAACUGACCCGUGGACAUGGAGCUGCUUGCAGUCAGUUGGCUGCUAGAAUUACAAUUUGUGACCACAGCUGUGCCUCGCCCGGAAGAGCUAGUCACAUGGCAGCAAACCUUGGGCAAAAGUGUCCGAGCCUGCCACAGGAGUGGUGCUCAUCUCAUUCCAGCCGAGAUAAGCAGGAAGCAAGCAAGCUUUGAAGAUGAAGAACAAGCUCAAAGCCUUCGUCUUUCAAAACAAGGAUCAGACUGCUUGGGUGCAGCUGUGAAGCUGCAGUGUGGUGCAUGGCUUUUGCUAAGACGCUUGGUCAUGGUAUGGACUCCAGAGACAGUGGUGCUGCUUAAUAUUUCAUCCCUAUUAGGUUGUUUGAAAUAUCAAAAGGGGCAAGAGAAAAGUCAUCCUUGUAGCUAAGCCUCCCUGGAGUGGAGCAGCUUUAAGCGAGACAUGUUAUGUACAGAUGUUGAGAACGUGAGAACAGUAAUAAAGUAAAUUCAGUAGUUAGUUUUUAAGAGAACCAUACUGUCUGUCAUGCUGCAAGUUUAGUGGAGAGCAGAAUCGCCCUGCAUACACAUGCUUCUAUUACUACCAAUGUUCAAGCCAAGUUAAGGCUGGCCAGUGAUAUUUGUUAUCGUACUUUAUUUAGGGAGAAAACAGACAUGAGAAGGUGAUAUAAAUGGUGCCACAUGUACAUAUCAACAAUAAAUGCUUCCAGUAGUGUGUUA